UUGCUUCAGAAUUUCUUCUAUACCAGGAACAAAUCACCAGGUGCCUGAAAUGUGGAGACACGUCAGUCUCGCUCUGCACACGCUCACCGAGUCAUCAGUUUUCGUUCUCGUUUUGAGCGGCGCGAUCGUGUCAUCAAACCCGGGUACAUCCUCGUGCACAGCAGAGAUCUGCAGAGACCGAAAACUCACUCGACCUCAGACGUGUCAAAACGCUGGCGUUUCACUUCCGUCCCCGGGCCGCUCUGAGAACCUCGUAGGAAACUAGAAGCCGCCGAUCUCACAGCGGUCUCACAGUGGUUUCUAUUAGUUAUGCUGGAGGCUGGUGUGAGGAAGCGGCGCUGCCAUGGCGUCCGGACCGGGCUCGGUUCCUGCGGUUCAGCCGGCUGGCGGUCAGGCCGGCGCCGACCGGCUCCUCCGGAAGUCCCGAGACCCGAUAGGUUCGUCUACACACUACAGACCGCCGCGCUCUCUUCCUGACGUCUGUCCCAAGGAGCCGACAGAGGAGGCGCGGGGGCUGAGCGACGCUCCGUCUGUGGUGGCGGAUCAGCACCGAUGGACAGUAUAUAACUCUAAGGUGAACCUGCCGGCGGCGCUGAACGACCCGAGACUGGCCAAGCGCGAGUCUGACUUCUUCACCAAGACCUGGGGUGUGGACUUCACAGAGGCCGAGGUGAUGCCCUCGUACAGCCUGCCCAACAUCACCCCCGAACAUUUCAGCACCUACCUGAAUGACACUGCUCAGAGGGAGAAAAUCCACGACCGGUGUAGAAAAAUCUGCCCCAACAAAGACGACCUGUCCAUCCCCAACAUCACGAACAAUCACGAUAAAGCCAAAGAGGAGCUCGAGCAGGUGCCUAAGAUCUUCAUGCGGCCCGACUUCGUGCUGAGCGAGCCGGCCACCUUCGGCGCCGUGUUGCCGUGGUCGCACUUCAGCCUCGCCGGGGGAAAAAGUGGACGUGACGCAGCGUCGUCACGGUUACUGCAGGAAAAGCUGAGUCACUACCUGGACGUGGUGGAGGUGAGCAUCGCGAGACAGAUCUCGCUGCGCUCCGAGGCGUUCUUUCACGCCAUGUCGUCUCAGCACGAGCUCCAGGAGCAGCUGUGCGAGGCGGCGGCCGCUGUCCGGGCGCUGCGGGAGCACACCGCUGGCAUGGGCCGCACCAUGUGCCAGGGGCCGCUGAGGGCGCUGCGGCACGCCGUCACGCGCAAGAACUGCGUGGCGCUGCACGGCAAGCUGAAGCUGAUGGCGGCGGUGCAGCAGACGCAGCCCACCGUGCAGCUCCUGCUCUCCACCUCCGAGUUCGUGGGUGCGCUCGAGCUCAUCAACACCACCAAGGAGGUGCUGCAGCAGGAGCUCCAGGGCAUCCAUAGCUUCAGGCACCUGGGCUCUCAGCUCUGCGAAAUGGAGAAGCUAAUUGAUAAGAUGAUGGUGGCCGACUUUACUACGUACUCCCGCAGCGACCUCAACCGAUCCUUCGAGGACGACAACCAAGUGCUGGAGAAGGACCGACUGCAGUCUUUGGUCUUUGGCCUCCUGAGACAGAAGAAGUUGGAUUUCCUGGACAUCUACAGCAAGGAGAUGAUGCAAGCAGCCAAGGCCAUCGUCAGACAGUGUGUAGUAAAGUCGGUGUCUCAGAUUGAGGAGAUCGACUCAGACACUGUUGUGAAGCUUCAGGACCAGAUGAGGCUGAUGACGUUUCCUCAGUGGUUCAAGCUCCUGCAGAGCCUGUUUGAGCAUUUCCUGCUCUUCCUCACCAGGAUCAAGGCUACUCUAGGCGCCAUCCGAAACGUGGUCCUGGAAAUCCUGGACAGCAGCCAGAGGAACCGAGCGCCAGAGGUUCUGGCAGACGGAGGCUCCGUGGAGGAUGAGGAGGACGAAGAGUCCGGUUUGCGUCCCGGAGAAGCAGAGCUGGUGUUCCUCACACACGACGGGCUGUUCAUCAGCGACGCCAUAACCGAAGCCGAGCGGCGCACCAGUGGGACGUCUGCCCAUGUCCGAGCCCAGGCCAAAGACGAAGCCUCGGGGAGCGACUCGGCCUCGGGGACGACCGAGUCGUCGUCCAGCAGGGAGCCCGUCACAAACACUACCUCCUCCCUACACAUAGGGGGUGCUGCUGCUCUUGAGGACCUGAUGCCGUCCGAUCUGGAGCUGGGCAGAAUCGCUAACAACAUCCAGGAGCUGCUGUACACCGCCUCAGACAUCAGCCAUGACCGCUGUGUUAAAGUCCUGCUGGCUAAGGCCAAGGACGGUUCUCUGGAGCGUCUGAGCUCGGCCGAGUUUGUGUGUGUGUGCCGGGCGGUUGAAGACUUUGCCAAGGACACAGAGGCUCUGUGCUGCAGGCGGAGUGUGAGACUGAGGGGGGCGCUGCAGAGUCAGGCCGACCGCUUCAUUAACCGCUUCCACGAGGAGCGCAAGGCCAAGCUCGGUUUGUUGUUGGACACAGAAAGGUGGAAGCAGGCCGAAGUUCCAGCUGAGUUCCAGCACCUUGUUGACUCCAUCGCUGACGGAAACAUCAGACUGCCUGAGCGCGAACCUGCAGGUCCAGAAGAGAAGAAGCCGAGUGACUUCUUGGUGGUUGAAGGGGAGAAAUACGCUGUUGUUGGGACGGUGCUGCUGCUGAUUCGGAUGCUACUGGAAUACUGCCAGUGUGUGAACGAAAUCCCGUCCAUCACCACUGACAUCAUGAUCCGCAUGACAGACCUCCUCAAGCUCUUCAAUUCUCGUAGCUGUCAGCUGGUCCUGGGGGCUGGAGCUCUGCAGGUGGUGGGACUGAAGACCAUCACCACAAAGAACCUGGCUCUGGUGGCUCGGUGUCUGCAGCUGGUUGCUCGUUACAUCCACAUAAUCCAAAUGUAUUUUCAGAGCAAACUCGAACCCAAACAGUACAACAUGCUGCGCUUCUUCACCCACAUGUCUAAGGACUAUAAUGACCACAUAAAUGAGAUCUGGGCUAAGCUCGUGGCCAUCAUGGACAGUUUAUUUGAAAAAGCACUACUCAAGUAUGAAGUAAAGGCUCCGAUGCCGUCACUGUGUUUCCGUAAUUUGUGCAAGCAGAUGGCAAAAAUGCACGAGGCCAUCUACGAUCUCCUCCCUGAGGAACAGACUCAGAGGUUGUUCCUGCAGAUUAACAGAAAUUUUAAGGUGUAUCUGAAGAAGCAGCUGGCUCGACUCGGGGUGGUGAACGACGGCGGACCACAGCACGGGUUGGUGGUGGCAGACGUGGCCUUCUACACGGAGAACAUUCAGGCUCUGCGCUCUUUCGAGCAUUUGGACUUCAAAAUGCACGAGAUAUGGUAUGAGAAGUGGGGAUGACGGACAGCCGAGCUCGGCCAAUCGGGUCUUUCCUUCUCACUUCCUCCUUUUCCCGGAGGACCUGAGGUCAGAGGUCACGCAGGAAGUGAACACUGUACACAAGACCUUUUUUUUUACCUCCUCCGUUCAGAACUCUCCUGUAAAGCCUUCACUUAAUUUUUCUUUCUUUCGGGGAAACGAUCCGGAGCAUCUCUUUCACUUCCAAGUGACCAAUCAGCAUAAGCUAAUGAUCCUAAGUGGGCGGGAACUUUUCUGAUUUUAAUUUGCCGGGUUUAACGCUCAGUGCCUCAUCGUGUGCUGUCGAUGCAGCGAUGCUCGUGUGCAAUCCUGUCCAAACCUUCAUCGGUUUUCUAAUUUAACCUGAAAAUAAAUUAUUUGUUGUUUUGAUGUUUA